CGGCACCACUCCGCCUCAUCGGGGAACGAUGGCGUUGGAAGGAGCUGUCAAGCUGGAGGCUGGACUUGAUAUCGUCAAAGAUCGGAUCAGAGGGGCGCCCAUUGGUAGGCUCAUGCCUCAGGCAACUCAAACAUCCAAGCAUGAGAUCAUCCGUUCUUGUCUGUGAGAGUGAUGCAGGCAUGUUUAUUGCGGAUGCGCUGGCGAUGCCGGCACACUGGUACUACGAAAGACCCAAUAUCUUCAAGCGCUUCGGUCCUGACGGCGUGACUGCGUAUCUGCCGGCUGAGAGCCCGCACUGGGAAUCCAUGGUCGAUGGCAUGACUUACAGGGGUGCGUGAGGUGCCCCACGCUAUCGCCAGGACAGAACAAGAAGGCCACACAUUCCAUCAAUAGACCUUCCUUGCAUGUGUUGUGGUUUGUAGGCUCGAUUGACAUUCUGCAUGACAAGCGUCGGUUCUACAACCGAGAGGGAGAGGUGUCUGGCGCCGACAGCCACGGCAACCGGCUCAUCGACCCGCCUGACAAGCGCACCCACUAUCAUGACGGCCUGCAGGCGGGACAGAACACACACACCAUGGCCUCCGUUAAGGUGCUGCUGGACAGCAUCACAGAGAGGGGCGGAUAUGAUGCUGAGGGAUUCAUCGACCGGUGGAUAGACUUCCAUACGACACCAGGCCGCAACACGUGAGUAUUCUGCACGGCCUGCACACACCAACACACCGAUGGCUGACUCAUCCCUACUAUCUGGGCGUGGUGUGCAGUGACACGUAUCUCGAGAUUUAUGUGCGCCGGUUUUUCGAGAACCUGAGUGAGGGACGGCCCAAGAUGCAAUGCGCCGAGGACCAGAAGAAUCGCUGGUCGAUCGGCAGCCAUACUGGUGUCGUCUUCUGCGUCAUUCCUUUCCUCUUCACUCUCAUGCAGGUCAGGUGUGUUGGGCGGGAGGGAGGGAGGCCAAUAAGCACAUACAGCAGACAGCGCAUUUAUACAGCAGACAGCACAUUGCACACGCUUCCGUUGAUCAGGGUCUGGAGAGGACGGCAGACGGGCGCCUGCAGCUACCGCCCGCUGCCCUCUCUCGCGCAUUGGAAGUGGCCCUCAGCCAUCAGCGACUGACGCAUGUGUCGGUCAACGUCACUAGCGCCUUCACGGCCCUUGCGCCGCUUCUCGUCGACCUGCUCUCUGCACCAGACGGCCUCGGGCCUGAUGAAUAUCGGAAGAUGUUGCAGAAGAACGCCAAGGCAUUCCACCUGCCCAGAAUCACUGGUACGCAGCUGAGUGUGUAGUGCAGCUUCAGGGACAACCGUGUGUGUGUGUGUGUGUGUGUGGAGGUGCUGAGUUGAUGGACCGAUACAGAGAGGCCAAUGGGCCGUUCAACAUCCCCACAGACGAGAUGUGGAAACUCCACACAGGUGGGUAACAAACAGGCACCGCACCGCCACACUCCCUCCCUCCAUCUCUCCCUCCCUCCAUCCCCUUCCGCUUCACUGUCUCUCCAUCGCUGCAGACCUCAAGGACGAGCCGUUUGAUCUGUCCGACACUCUCCUGGCCUCACAUUCGCCCGAGUCCUUCAUCGGCGACAUCGUAACGUCGGCAUGCUACACGGAGCACGGCCUCCCAGCCGUGCUCUUCAUGGCCGCCAAGAACGCAGGUGACGGUCACUUUGCGGACGCGGUGCUGUGCAACGUCAAUGUGGGAGGCGACAGCACGGGCCGAGGGGCCAUCCUUGGCGCAGUCAUGGGCGCCAUGGUGAGGAAAGAACAGCUAGCUGUGUAUGAGUGUGGUGGUCGGGCGUGUGCAUGUGUGUUGUUUGGUGUAGGUUGGCUUUGAGAGAAUUCCUGGGUGGCUGAAGGAUGGUCUGGAUGACGGCAAGGGGCUGAUCGAGUGCAUUGCCGACGUUGUAGAAAUUGCGGCCAAAGGGCUGGCUUGACCUAGUUCGGCUUUGGACGGUGUCUUCGUCGCCUCGCUGUGUACGUCUUUAUGCGUGCAGACUCUCUGCAUUUGGAUGUGUAUGUCAUUCGGGUAAUCAACAAGUCAAGCAUCUUCAUUCGUUAAUCGAGUUGGUCUUGACUCUCAAGA